CUCUCUUUUCUUUCCCCCCUCUCAACUGACUAUUUUCUCAGCCAAGUCACUCCUUUGCCCCCUCUUUGGUCGGUUCUACUCCUGCUUCUACUUGGCGUUCUUCGUUUUGCCGCCUUUCUAUCCUCUAUUUAUAAACCCGUUUUCUGUGUUCCUUUUCUUCACGCCUGCUCUUAAGUCUAAACUUCCGCCUCCUGCGACACGGUCCGGCGUCCUUUCAUUUCCGCAACUCGGUUUCACGAUUCGUCACCCUGACGUUGCUUCUCAUAUCUGGUUCUUAUCGGCCUUCUGCCCAUGCUUUACGAAUAAUGUCGACCACCAUGACCACAGCCCUGGCAUCUACUAUGCUGGUCGGCACCCUGCCCACCAUGAAUAGCGCCGCCGGGAUGGUCUCAGGGAAGACUUGCCCAACGUGCGGAUAUGACCGGGUUUCGCCGCAAGGAAAACCGAAAGAUGAAGCCCAAGAUCGAGUGAAAGAACUAGAGGGGCAGCUCGAAUUCCUCAACCUCCAGGCGACGCAGAUGGCCGAGAGAAUGGCCGAGUAUGAAGAAGAAAUCCGCCGCCUCCACGCCCAGUCCACCACGCAAAGUUCACGAAAUGGCUCCUCUAUAUCCUCCACCUCGUCGAACCAAUUCCACAGGAUCACGGAUUUGUCCAUGUCGCCCCCCUCGUUGCACACCUCCCCGAAAUCACCGGGUCAGCAGAGCGGACGCUUAUCCACGCUGACCUCCCUGCUGCCCUCCCGCCGACCCGGCGCCCCGAGCGCACCUCAAGCCCAGCCAGUAAUUUCUCCGCCACCGAUUCCUAGCUACGAGGAGACGUUGGAACUACAGAACGCGCUCAAUCGGGAACAGAGCCUGCGCAAGGCGGCGGAAACACAAUUAUCGCAAGCCAGCACCGAGUUGGAGGAAUUGACGGCGCAACUGUUCAGCCAGGCGAAUGAGAUGGUUGCGCAGGAGCGCAAGGCGAGAGCAAGACUCGAGGAGCGCGUGGCAGUACUGGAGCGCCGGGACGUCGAGAAGAGAAACCGCCUUGACCGAUUGGAAAAAGCGAUGGAAAGAGUUGAACGCAUCCGAGCUAUGGUUGGCUAGCAUUUUGGGUGGAUACAUGCGCAUGGAUUGUGAAUCCUCGGACGAUACGCCCCCUUUCUGUGCAUCUUACUCUGGUUUUCUGUCCGUGAUUUUCAGAUUGCAUUCCUACAGUCUUAUACCCAUAACCCUUUUGGUGUUUCUGGCGAUCGGUCACUUGGCUUGACCUUCUGAGUUUGACUUGUGAUAUGACCUGAUUGGUCAAUAGGUCACCGUGUUUAUGAGGGACGAUCUGCAUCGAGCUAUGGC